CAAAGACACUUUCAGGAGUUCGGUAUGGUCUUUCAUAUCAAAUUCAGACUCUCACAUGAUGCCAAGGGGAAGUGCUGUGAUGAAGGUCUCCCUUUGAUGGAUCUUGGAACAAGAAAGAAUCACCAAGGACAUACAUCUGCAGUUAGACCACUGUAGAAGACCCUGCCUAUGAUCUCUGCAAAUAUUCAAGUAUCCAAAUCUCCAUUAAAGGACAAACUAAUGAUCUGCAGUGAAAUGUUCCCCUUGUAAACAAGGAAGAAUCACCUGCCUUUCUGAACUGCUCAUCGCAACAGUUUAGUUCUCCAUAUUUUCUUCCUCUCUUCCCGACACUGAGAUUCCUUCCAGAAGAUCACCCACAAUGGAUGAGACCCGCCGGUUGUUCGUUUCGCCCGGAGGCUCUGCCAACCUGUCCUCGGGCAGCCGCCUGCUGCUGCGCCAGCGCCUCGCCCAGCUCAUGACCUGCGUGGAUGACCUGGACCCCUCGCCCCAGCUCCAAGAGCAGAUGGCUUCACAUGGUCACGUGGAAUGUUGCUACAGCUGAUCCUCCAGAUGAUAUCAGCUCCUUGCUUCACCUGAACUCCCCAAAGACCCCAGACCUCUACGUGAUUGGUCUCCAGGAGGUGUACUCUGCUCCUCACAGGUUCAUCAUAGACAUAGCCGUUGAGGACUCCUGGAGCCAUCUCUUCAUGUCCAGCCUGGCACCACGAGGCUACCUGAAGGUGUCCUCCAUCCGCAUGCAGGGCCUCCUACUGCUGUUCUUCUCCAAACUGGCCCACGUUCCAUUCAUUAGAGACAUCCAGGACACCUACUCUCGCACAGGCAUCUCCGGCUACUGGGGGAAUAAAGGCGGGGUGUCCAUCCGCCUGUCUUUCUACGGCCACAUGCUCUGCUUCCUCAACUGUCACCUGGCGGCACACAUGCAGUACGCCUCGCAGCGCGUCGACGAGUUCGAGUACAUCCUGGACACGCAGACCUUCGACCCCAAAAAGACACCGCAAAUCCUCGACCACAAGCUGGUCUUUUGGUUUGGGGAUUUGAACUUCCGCAUCCAAGAUCACGGCAUGCAUUUUUUGCGCAACUGCAUCACCAGCCAUAAGUUCAACUUGCUGUGGAGCAAAGACCAGCUGACCAUGAUGAAGAAGACGGAGGCUCUCCUGCAGGAGUUUGACGAGGGACCUCUGGACUUUCAACCAACCUACAAAUUCGACAGGUUCUCUGACUGCUAUGACAGCAGUGGUAAGAUGCGUAAGCCGGCCUGGACAGACCGGAUCCUGUGGAGGGUGAAGCCUAAAGAGACACCCCCAGAGGAGGAGAAGGACGAGGACAGGGACUCUGGUCUGGACGAGAAGAACACCAAGAAGAAGCAGGAGGAGGAGGAAGAGUUCCCUCUGAAACUCAAGCAGGACUCGUACACCAGCAACAUGGAGUAUGGCGUCAGCGACCACAAGCCUGUCAUCGGCAUCUUUACCUUGGAGUUGAGGAAGAUGUACGAGACGCCGUUGGUGCGCGUGUGUGCCGAGGGUGAAUGGAGCGCCGACUUUGACGCCAUGGUGAUCUACAGCCCCCUCCAGCCCUUCCCUUCUAGCGCCUGGGACUGGAUAGGCCUCUACAAGGUGGGGUUCCGGAGUGUUUCGGACUACAUUACCUACACCUGGGUGAAGGAUGACGAGGUCUCGUUUAAUGACGAGCUCGCCCAGGUCUAUGUGAGCAAGGAUGAGAUUCCGGUGCUGGGAGGGGAGUGCGUGCUCUGCUAUUACUGCAGUACACUCCAAUGCAUUGUGGGUAUUAGCUCACCCUUUAAGGUACAAGAGUCCAAAGGGGCCGUUGAGGAAGGUCUAGCACCGGAGAACAUCGACGGCCUUGAAAAGGCCACAGCGAGUUAGGACCUGUGAGUGGACCAGACUUUAUUGCUGGACCAAACAUGCCCACUAACACUGUCUGUCCGUCAAUGCUGUUACACAUUUGACCUUUGGUGGCCUAUCUGCAAGCUGUGGUGCUGCUGAAGUCAUGGAAUGUUACUUAACUAUAGGCCAGUGCACUUUGUUUUUAAUGAAUCAUAACUGUUUCUGUCUUGUUCUCCACUGCCAGUUGUGGCGGCAACAGUAGCCUAGUGGUUAUUUCAGUUCUGUUCAGAUGUUGAUCCCGCUUUUAAAAUCAGUCGCAGAGAGAGAUUGGCAGCGUCGUUUUAGGAAAGGUUGUGUUUUUGUUCCGUGUAUUUAUGCUUUUUUUGUGUGUUUUGUCUCUGGAUUGAUACAGAACUCAUUGGACAUUGUCAGAUGUUCCAGGUAGGUUGUACAGAAGUUGAACAUUAACUUCAGAGURGUGGCUGUUUCACUUGAAAAUUUGACCAAUCAUAUAAUGGUAUCGUUAAUACAUGAAUAUGACAUUGUUUUAAAUAAUGGUUCAUACAUUUACAUUUUCCCUUUGCAAACUUAGUCCUCUGCUAAGAAAACGCUUUGUGCUAUGCUGUGCUAUGCCAUUCCGAGAAAAAUAUUGCACAAUUUGUUCUUGUUCACAUUCAUGACCAUGCCCUUUUUAUAGAUGUGCGUUACUGGUUUAGGUAUUUAUUGAAGUAAUUUUGGUUCAAGUAAGUGUGAUUGGGGAUGGAAAGUUAUCUAAGAAAACAGUGGAUUCAACAAGUGCCUCAAUGUUAACAACCAGUAAAUAACUGUUCAAUGGAUGCUUUGGUACAAAACUAUGGAAUUCCUAUUUGAUUAUUUAUUGGUGCGUUUGAAAAUGAUUAUAUUGUUCUUAUUCUUAAAAAAUAUGCAAGUCUUUCUUGUUCUGUACGCAUCAACAUUUAAUCUAUAGAACUUCUUGUACUUUUCUUUGACCAAUUUCAGCAUAAGCGAGACCUGUUCAAAUGUCUUUAUUUGCUUAUUGAAAACGCUUGUACAUUGAAAGAUUACUCAAGCCACUUCAUUCUGUUUUUACAGUAUAUUGAAAAUUAGGAGUGCUCUAUUUUCUCAGUAACGUGGUAAAUGAAUAAAAACAAAUGUUAUACUGUAACCUAUUUAAAGCUUAAAUAAAAAAUUCUAAAUGAU